GUUGUUUUGGAGUCAAGGGGCUGAGAGAGACAAUGAUUUUGCACUGUCUGGCAAAGACACACACACACACACACACACACACACACUCAAACAUAAACACACACAACCACACUCCAUCAAUCUAGCAGCAACUGGGGCAGCGAGCAGAAGUGUGUCAGACUUUGGGGUGCAUGUGCACAUUUACAUGUGUGCAUUUGCCUUCUAGAAACUUCUUUCUAACCAAGAAUCUUUCUUAGAGAUAUUUGCAUUUUCUUUUUUCCAUAAAACCUACACUCUGCUGCCACAGGACAGUAGAAGCAAAGACAAAUCUAGUCUUUUGGAGAAUGGUUUCUCCAAAUUAACUGCACGGAACAGCUGCAAGGAUUACGGAUUGUCAAGGACCCUGUGGAACCUUACUUUUCUCUCAUGGUCGCUUUUGUAUCUUUCCUGUAGUCCUGAUUUUGCUUGACUCAAACAGUGCUUUACAACAUGUGCAGACUUUGGAGGAUAGCAGUUUUGCUCUGUGUCAAAUUGGUGGACACUGCGAAUGGAAAUACAGGACUCGUGCCGGAAAGAAGGACAGCAGCUUCCUCCUGCUAUGGAGGUUUUGACCUCUACUUUGUACUAGACAAAUCAGGAAGUGUGCAGCAUCACUGGAAUGAAAUAUAUAACUUUGUGGAACAUCUGGCCCAUAAGUUCAUAAGCCCUCAGUUGCGGAUGUCCUUCAUUGUGUUCUCCGAUCAGGGCAAGAUUUUGAUGCGGCUUACAGAAGACAGGGAACAAAUACGGAAAGGUUUGGAGGAACUCGAGAAAGUGCAGCCAGGUGGAGAUACUUUUAUGCAUGAAGGCAUUCAGCGGGCCAGCGAACAGAUUUACUAUGGUAACACUGAGGGAUACCGCACAGCCAGUGUGAUCAUCGCCCUCACAGAUGGAGAACUGCAUGAAGAUCUCUUCUAUUACGCUGAGAGAGAGGUGAGACGCUCUCGCAGCCUGGGUGCCUCUGUGUACUGCGUAGGAGUGAAGGAUUUCAAUGAGACUCAGCUGGCCAAGAUCGCUGACAGCAAAGAUCAUGUCUUUCCAGUAAAUGAUGGCUUUGAAGCUUUACAAGGUGUCAUUGGUUCGAUCUUGAAGAAAUCCUGCAUAGAGAUCCUUGCUGCAGAACCUUCCAGUAUCUGUGCUGGAGAGGCGUUCCAAGUCGUCGUGAGAGGAAAUGGAUUCCUUCAUGCUAGAAAUGUGGACAAGGUUCUUUGCAGCUUCAGAAUAAAUGACACUCUUACCAGAAUGGUGAAGCCAUUGGUAGUGGAGGACACGUAUCUGCUCUGUCCAGCUCCUGUUCUUCGAGAGGAGGGAACGGCAGCCUCCCUUUACGUUAGCAUGAAUGAAGGGCUGAGUUUUAUCUCUAGUUCUGUUACUAUCACCACUGUAAGCUGUUCUGAUGGUACGAUCUUGGCCAUAGCACUACUGAUAGUGAUGCUACUGCUGAUUCUGGCUCUCCUCUGGUGGUUUUGGCCUCUCUGCUGCACUGUGAUUAUCCAUGAACCUCCACCACCAGUAGUGGAAGAUAGUUCGGAUGAUGAAGAGGAUGGAACUCCGAAGAAGAAGUGGCCCACAGUCGAUGCGUCUUACUAUGGAGGAAGAGGAGUUGGAGGCAUUAAAAGAAUGGAGGUUCGCUGGGGUGAGAGAGGUUCAACCGAGGAGGGUGCUAAACUGGAGAAGGCGAAGAACGCGAGGGUGAAGAUGCCUGAGCAAGAGUUUGAAGCUCCUCCUGCUCGCAUCCUAAAUAAUGGCAUGCGGAAACCUCCAGGCCCACGUAAAUGGUACUCGCCCAUUAAGGGAAAACUGGAUGCAUUGUGGGUACUUCUGAAGAAAGGGUAUGACAGAGUGUCCAUCAUGCGACCACUGGAGACAAGCAAGGGUCGCUGUAUGAACUUCACUCGCAUCAAGUCUAGUUCUCCUCCACGCUAUCCAUCCUACAACCACCAUUCUUCACCUAUCUACACCCCUCCAUGCACCCUCAGCCCGCCCCCUCCUCAGGGCCAGCUGCCCCCUCCUCCACACAGUCCACCUGCCUCCCUGUCCUCCGGCUUUCCCCCGGCACCUUCUACGCCCCCACCUCACGCCAUCAACCCUUCUCCACCCAUUACUCCUCCUCCAUCCUAUUCUCCGCCCCCCAUCUGGUCUUCGUCUCCUAACACUCUCUACUUUUCUCCGCCCACAUCUCUUCCACCAUCCCCUCCUGCCUCACUGCCCCCGCCCCCUCAAGCCCCGCCUCCAGACAGAGCUCCUCCUCCAGAUCGCCCACCUCCUCGGCCUUGUGUGUAA